AUGGCUGAAAAGCGCAAACUUCCCCCGCGUGGUGGUCGCGAACCUGCGGCCAAGCGACGAGUCUCCGAGGCUGCGACUCCGCAAUCCCAGAAGAAAAAGGCACCAACUCCUCGCGUUCCAUCUCCUCCACCUCCACCUCCUGAGCCUGUCGAGGCCCCAUUGCCUAUUAGUAUCAAGGAUGGUGAACCUGUGCCAGUCACCCGGGAACGACAGCCCGGUGACUUGUCGGACAAAGAGUACCAGUCUUUCGCAGAAAGUGCUGUUCUCCUUUUAUCCCUCGAGCGAUCCAAAAAGAAAUGGUUGAGCGAUGGCAUCUUGGUGCGAUAUUAUACCAAGCCGAAAAAGACGAAGCGCGAACAGAUCGAAAAGAACAACCCUCCAAAAGACUCGAUGACACGAAUUGGGCCAUGCGACAUAACCGUUGGUCCUCAUCUUUUUGAUGCAAUGAUCUACACGGUUAAGGACCCGAACGCCCCAAACGCAAUCCAGUAUGCACCCCCACAACGUCCGAUGGUCCACUACGGCCACCCGAACAACUUUCAGCAGUACCAGCCAUAUCCUUCCCAGCAGAAGAGACCUCCCUAUACUCAUGGUCCUCCUGGAGGUCGUCCACCCCAUGCUUACCCCGGAAGUCAUCCUCCGCCCCAGCAACGCCCGAGUCAGCCUCAGCCAGGACACCGACCUCAACCGCAGCCCGGCCAGUCCGGACAGCCCGCCAAACCCAGUCCAGACCCAGUGAUUCAGAUGCUUGCGACCAGAGCCGCUGCGGAUCCAGAACUCAAAGCACUCAUGAGAGUUGUGGCAUCCAGCCAGGCGUCACAAGAGCAGCUUCGGGCUUUCCAGGCGCACAUUGACGAGCUUAAUGCUAUAAUCAAGGCAAGAGAGCAAGAGCAACAGCGCCAGCGAAAUGCAGCUGCAACUCCUUCUCAACCACAGCCUCCGUCUCAGACAGCGACUCCUGCACAUCAAAAUAAAUCCACCCCACCACAACCCACACCGCAACAGAAGAGCGUCCCGGAAACGAAGCCGACGCCGCAUAAUCAGGCUGCCACACCACAGUCUAGUACGCAAUCACAGACACAAUCGAAGGAGCCACAGCAACAACCAGCAUCCACGGGAUUGGAUGUGACUCCUGCACCAGCUCCUGUGCCCGCUGCGGCGAAACCGCCAGGUGAGGCGGCGCAAUCAGCUUCUCAACCUCCAGCGCCUGCAACACCUGUGCAAACUGAAACGCCGGCGGCGGCAGCAAGUGCUUCACAAGGCCCCAGCUUGCCUCCGGCGAUCAAACAAGAACCAGGCACAACGGGAUCCACCAACCAACAAGCUAUGCCGUCACAACCUCCACAGACAACUACUCCUGCUAUUCCUGCUACUCCUUCUGCAACGACUGGUCCACCCGCUGUCCCUCCCCCCAGCUCUGUGACCCAACAACAAGCUCCUGCAAUACAGUCGCCACAGCCUCCAAACAAGCCGCAAAUGGCAGCGCCACGACCGGGUCAACCUCAAACUCCAUAUCAACAGGGACCAUACAGCGCGCAGCCACCGCUCCAGUCACGCCCUUCGCAAUAUGACUCACCAACACCAUACUACCGUCCUCAGCCAGCUCCCUCCCGCCCUCUGCCUACGCCUAUCAACUAUAAGUCCGUUGUGUUCGAAUUCACUUCCCCAUUGACGCCGUAUGGAAGCAGCACCUCCGGUCACGCUGGCUCCGGUGAUCGUUAUCUGUUUCCCGAGCACUCGAUUCUAGAAUGGAUUCCGAACGAAAAUACAAUACUGGCUUCCUUCCUUAUCGUGAGAAAAGUGGACCCGAACGCGCCCUUUCCCAUCGAAGUACCCUCUGAGAAUUCCACUUCUCGGAAGGGUAAAAGCGCCUCCAAAUCCAAGAAGGGAGCCAAAGCAGAGAAGGGGAAGGAUGGCACAGAGACGCCCGCCCCGGCAGAGACACCUCAGCAGCAAGGGUCUGCCGAUCAGUCGGAGUCCAAGCCCAAGACUGAGCAAGAGGCACCUGGCACGCCAGCCAAGGAAGCCAAUCUUAAAGAGUAUUGGCAACCAGUCACCUUCCGCAUCCACGCUGGGAGUCCCAGGAUCCUCGAACCUCUUACUCGCGUCGUCAAGCCGGCUGAUGAAGUCCGCAAGUACAUGAACGAGAUCAUGGACCGGGCUGAGCGCGCUCCUGAUGGAUUUCCGGCUUUGCGUCUGCCCCAUGAAGAAGCUCAAGAGGCGUUUGAGUCCGAAAGCACACCCUUCUCCGGGAUUAAUGGUCCUGCUGCGAUACGCAAUCGGGCUUCGAGGGCUAUCCCGAAGCCCAGCGAUGAAGAAUCAGAGGUAGAAAAUUCCGUAGAUGUUGAAGAGGAAGAGCUGAUGGAUUUCUAUGAUGCACCCAUGAGCAUGCCGCCCUUGCGUGUCUGA